AUGGCCGAAGACAACAGCGCCGCAUGGCCCCAGGCCGACCAGGCUCUCUCUCAGGAGAUCCUCGACCUUGUGCAGCAGGCUACCCACUACAGGCAGUUGAAGAAGGGAGCCAACGAGGCCACCAAGACUCUCAACCGUGGUAUCAGCGAGUUGAUCAUCCUCGCGGCCGACACCUCCCCUCUCGCCAUCCUUUUGCACUUGCCCCUCCUUUGCGAGGACAAGAACGUCCCGUACGUCUACGUCCCAUCCAAGAUGGCUCUCGGCCGCGCUUGUGGUGUCGCCAGGCCCGUUAUCGCUGCCAGCAUCACGACCAACGAAGCUUCCGAUCUCAUGGGACAGAUCCGCACCCUCAAGGAUAAGGUCGAGCGCCUCCAGAUCUAA